AUGCCGACCAUCGAGCGUUCCAGCCUCGUGGACGGCUUGUUGCUUCCUGUUAAGGUUGUACCUACGUCUUACCUCUACGACGAGCGCGGCUCGGCCCUGUACGACUCGAUCACGCGCCUCCGGCAGUACUAUCCGUUCCUGGAGGAGCGCCGGCUGCUGAAACAACACGCAAAGGAGAUUGCGCGAUUGAUCCCGCGCGACGCGGUGGUCGUAGAACUCGGAUGCGGGAACGCGCUUAAGACCCGCGUGCUGCUUCAGGCAAUUGCCGAAUACCAUGGGAGGUGCCGCUUCGCGGGCAUCGACGUGUCCGAGGCGUUUCUGCUCGAGGCGCGCCGCAACAUCUUGGCGGCGGUGCCGCGAAUGACGGCGGCUGACGUGGAGCUCGUGCAGAAGGAGUACCUAGACGGGCUGCGCGCCGUGCGGCGGCAGCACCCCGACGCCACGCUCUGCGUGCUCUGGCUCGGCAGCAGCGUCGGUAACAUCCCUGAUGAAGACAUUGUAGAGUUCUUCACCACUCUGCACCGCAUUGGUGGAUCCAACAUGCAGCUACUGCUCUGCACUGACCUGUGGAAGGACCGUGACGUGUUGCACGGCGCGUACCACGACGACCAGGGCGUCACGGAGGAUUUCAUCAAGAACGGCGCGCGCAACGCCUUCCAGUCGCUGGGCAUGCGCGCUGCUGACGUGGACGAGGCCGCGUGGAAGUACGACGUGGUGGUGAAUGGUGACCUGCGACGCGUGGAGAUGUGGCUCGAAUUCCCGCACUCCAUCUCCUUGCCUCACACGCCCGUCUCCAUUGGUGCGGGCGACCGCGUGCUGAUGGAGAUCUCGCGCAAGUUCACACCGCAGGACAUAGCAGCCCUAGCCAGCAAGUCCGCCAUGCUCCUGCACGCCGCGUGGCGCUCGCCACUCUACGGCAUGCAGCUGCUGCUGCCGCAGACGCACGCGCUGCUCGAGUGCUGGCGCGACGCCGAUGCCUUCUUUGACGCUCUGGAUGAUUGGAAUGUCAAGCCGAUCGAGUUCCGCCAUCCGUUCUGCUUCUACUACGGCCACCUCACAGCCUUCGCCAUUCUGAAACUCCUCCCAGCACGCCCCCCCACGGCCCUCGACACCAUGUUCUCCCGGGGCAUCGACCCGCUCCUGCUCGACCCCUCCCGAUGCCAUUCACACCCCGACGUGCCUCCCACAUGGCCCACGCGGGCCGAAAUCCAGGCGUAUGUGCGAGACGCACGCAGGGAGAUCAUGGUUGCAAUGCAGGGUUCAGCAGAGGGAGAGCAGGAGGGGGCGCAAGACGGGGAGAGAGCGGUGAGGGUGACGGCACGGCAGGUGGCUCUAGCAGUGGAGCAUGACAGGAUGCAUAUCGAAACUCUCUCCUACAUGCAACUGCAGGCCGACAAGCAAGCCUUCCUGGCUUCUCCUCUCCCUCUAUCCCCUCCUCCCUCCGAUGCUGACCUCCCUUCCCCUUCCUCCACUGCAACCGAACCCGCCUCUCUCCACCCCAACUCGCCGUUUAUCCUCGACUCGCCACACCCCCCCGCCGCUACAAAGCUCAACUUGACCUUACUCCGAGAGUCCCUAGCUGGCGAUCUAGACGUGCUAAUCCCAGCAGGGAAGGUGGCCAUGGGAACUGAUGUGACUGGCGACAAGGACGGAUUCGUGUGGGACAACGAAGGCCCGCCCACCGUCUCCCUGGUGCCUCGGGAUUUCCUUGUAUCCUCCCGGCCGGUGUCAGUCGCGCAGUUCCGCGCGUUUGUGACGGAACUGAAAGGGUACAAGAGGGAGGAGCUGUGGGAGGAGGAGGACUGGGCUUUCCUUCAGAAGCAGGGGCUUACCUGCCCCGCAUCCUGGAGCUUUGUCAAGCGCGUGAGGGGUGGGAGCACGGAGGGGGACGGGAGCGGGGACGAGGACGGUGCGAUGAUGGCUGAAGAGGAGGGUUGUCCUGAUGGGAAUGGGGAGAAAGCGGUGGGAGGGGAGGAGGAGGGAGAGUACUGGGUGCACACUCACUUAGGGCUGGGGAAAGGCACUGAAGCGAAGCCGUGGUAUGAGGUGGCAGAUGCUCCGGUGUGGGUGAGCCUGGCUGAGGCUCAGGCGUUUUGCCGGGCGGCAGGGAGCGAGUACCGGGUGAUGAGCGAGGCGGAGUGGCACCAGAUUGUUUCCCAGCCGCCGCCGUUCCUCCUGCCCGCUGACUUCAUGAGCUUUGAUGAUGACAAUGAAAGCGGUGAUGGUAACACCAUGGGGAGGGGGAAGACCCAUGAGGGUAAGAGACUGGUGGUGACCGGAGCAAAGAAGCAGCACGACAGGAACGGGAAGCUCGAUCUCAACUCGGCUGAAGAACCAGUCGUGCCGGCCACAGAAGGGAGCCGUUUAGCAGAGCUGCAGCGGAGCGUGCGGGAGGGAGGAUGGGAGUGGACCAGCUCUCCUUUCGAACCAUUCCCAGGGUUUGAGAAGAUGGAGGAGUAUCCUGAGUACUCGUCAGACUUUUUCGAUGGUUGCCACUUUGUGCUCAAGGGGUCGUCGCCUGUGACGCACCCGUGCAUGGUGCGCGACUCGUUCCGCAACUACUACCAGCGCCAGUACCCGUUUGUCUUUGCCAAGUUCCGCUGCUGCCGGGACGUGGCGAGGAGCGUUGUCUGA